AUACCCCAAACUCCCUUAGCUAAUUCCUAAAUAUGGACCCAAAAACCCCACUAAAUAAGCACAAGAAGAAGAGGUUGACUCAGGACCAAGUUAAGCUCUUGGAGAGGAGCUUCAUCCCCAACAAAAAGCUGGAGCCGGAGCUGAAGCUCCGCCUAGCCAGCCAGUUGGGGGUGCCACCGCGACAAGUGGCCAUAUGGUACCAAAACAAGCGAGCCCGUUGGAAGACUCAGAGCCUUGAACUUGACUACACCACCCUCCAAGUGAAGCUGGAGAACGCGGUCGCAGAGAAGAAGAGGUUGGAGAGACAUGUGAAGCAUCUUCAGGAGGAGCUAAGGAGGGCUCAGGAGAUGCUGUAUGCUUUGAAUUCUAACCGAAGGGAAGAUAAUAUUAAUGGUAAAAAUAAUGAUUAUAAUUACUAUAAUAAAAAUACUCUUGUUUCUUGUACUGCAAUUACAACCACUGCUGAGGAGGGAGGGAGGUCUGGAUUGCAUGAGGUGGAGGAGGUUUUGCAGCUUGAUGAUGAGCUCUAUGCUAGUUUGAUUGCUGGAGGAAAUAGGUCUAAUUAGGGUUAAUUAAUUACGGUGUGAGAGUGUGGUUAGAGACUUAGAUAAUUUGCCAAUUAAUUGCCUUUUCAUGUUAUUGUAAAAUGUAUAAAGAAAAUUGUGACUUUUUUCUUGGUUUUAUGUAAUACGUGUUCAUGGUAAGACAAUUAGUUUUAUUUUGAAUUAUGAAUAUAGGAUUUUAUCUUAA